AUAAAAAUCUCACGCCUACAUCUCAGAAAAACUUGGCAGGUAUAUGUUUGAUUUUCUACAAGCUGAUGCAUUCCCAGUAUGAAAAUGAAAACAUUUCUGCCAAGGUCACACUAUAUGUAUCCCUACAUAACGGAAUUAGCAAUUUGCAACAUGGCGCCGAGUCGUGCUUCGAGGUGUAUUCUGUUAUUUAAUUCGAGGAACGUUUGAUCGUAACUCACAAACAUGGCUUUGGUGGCGGGGAUGGGUGUUGGUGUUUUACUACUGCUAAUAUUUUGGACUCUAGGCAUUGUAGGUUGUGUAGCGUUGUCAAGAGCCGAAGGACCUUUGAAGUAAGCUUAACUCUAAGUGAAAACUUUCUAAACUUACUAGCUUAUAGUAAACACUGCCUCUUUACAGUGAUCAGUUUUGAUAUUACAGUCUAACAUAGAGAAGAAAAAGGUGUUUUUACUGCUUUACAUACCUGUGUUUUUAUUGCGUGCUGGGUAUCUUUACGAUCAUGUGUAUAUCAGUAUAUGGUUACUUGAAUGUGUAUGCAUUUCUCUAUAUGCUAUAUAUUUACAGGGCUGUCAACUCUCCCGGAUAAUCCGGGAGACUCCAGAUUUUGAACCUUUUCUUCCAGUCUCCAGAUUAGAGGCUGAAAUCUCCCGGAUAAUCGCCGAAGUUUGCAGUUUCUUGUAGAAUCGACUUUCUGACAAUGAAAUUUCAAAAUUGCGUUGUUUUAGCCAUUUUAUUGUUAACAUCGAACGUUUCCUCACAAACUCCGGUAUGCCAUUGUUAUAUAAGCAAUGAUGUGAUUGGUGGGAAGUAAGCUAAUUAGGUCAAAUGUUACAAUUCCAACAAUAUCUCUUUCACGCGUUUUUUUCCACAAAUGACAUCAUGUGCUGUUUCCAAUAAUGACAUCAUUUAUCAUCCCUCGACCCCACAUCAAUUCUCAAUAUUUGAAGACAUGGGGGGUUGACAGCCCCGCGCUACCGUUUUCUAAAAUUUAAGCUUAGAUCAAUUCUCUCUUCUGCAUUUAGAAAUGCUGUUGUAGGAAUAUUCUUGCUUGUUGUUAUUCUCACAUUGGCUUUGAUCUUCUGGCCAAGAAAAACUAAGGAAGAGGAAUUGGCAGGAUCCACAGCUAAAAAGGUGUGCAUUGGAAUGGUUGUGUGUUUAUUAAAGGGGCAGGUUCAUGGUUCAGCGCAUGUUCAUUAAUUAAAUUACUUUUUUCCAAUUUAUGAUUUAUUCUAUCGGAUUAUAAUCUCACUCACAUGUAUCUCAGCCAUCUAAGAGUGUAUUUCAAAGUAGAAGUGUGUUUCACAGUAACCUGAAGUAGGAUGGAACAGUACUAAAAUCGGAGAAAAAAUUAGUGGAUUAUGCCAACACUACCAAUGUCGAAUUUGUUGUUGACCUGAAGGUUUUAUUCCAUGGUUGAUGAAUUUACAGCUAUUUGGACAUAAGUUGUUCAAGUGACUGCCAGAGGAGUGUGCAGAUUCAGGAGCAGAUCUAGGGGGAGGGUGCAGGGGGUGUGCACCCUCCCCCCCUGAGAUGACCUGCUGUUUUCUAAUACAACUGGUAUUCUGCAAAAAAAAAAACUAUGUGGUUUAUUGGUGUUGAAGUAGAGCAAGAGACGAGUGCACCCCCUCCUAAAAAAAAUCCUGGAUCUGCCCCUGAGAUUGGUUCUUUAACAACAUUAAGACGUGAUCAUAUUGCUUGCAUAGACGAUACUGCAUGUCCCCCGGCACAAAAAUAGCAUCUUGAUUAAUGAGCAUGUACUGAACCGUGAACCUGUCCCUUUAACCCUUUAAGUCCCAAUAUCCACAUACAAAUUCUCCAAACUGGUCUCCAUACAUUUCCUUGAAGAAUUAUUUGAGAGAAUUUGGUAAAAGAUCAAAUAUUUUUCUCUUUGUGAUUAUUUUGUUAAUUCUCAUAGACUUUGCUCAUGAUAGUCUAUGGAUAUCGUUAGGAGAAAAUUGAUCUUGAGCACUAUUGGGACUUAGAGGGUUAAGAAUGAACAGAAUAUAGUACAGACUAACACCUUGUGUGGCAUUUCUGUGGGGUUGUCCAUGACCAACCUGAGAAAAGGUCAGUAGUUUAAGACCUUCAGAUAUUUCAUUAACCCUUUAAGCCUCAAUAUCCACAUACCAAUAAAUUAUUAAAUUCUGUAAACUUAUCUCCAUACAUAACUGUUGAGAGAAUUUCAUAAGAGAUCAAAGCAUUUUUCUUUUACUGAUGAUUUAAUUAAUUCUCACCCUUUCAUCUCAAUUGUUUACUGAUAUUGUUAAGAGAAAGUUGAUUUUGGUCACCCUUGGGACUUUUAAAAAGGGUUGAUGAGAGGACUAGGAUCUACUGUGAGUAAAUUGGAUGCAUUUUGCUAAAAAUUAUGUUACUUCAUAUUUUACAGGGCCUCCAUUUAUAAAGAUUGUUAUUAUUAUUAUUAUUAUUACUAUUAUUCUUCAUUUUGCCUUGAGAAUGGUGUCAUGAUGAUACCGAAACAUCGGCUUUUAACGCUAAUAUUCGCUUGCUUAUGUUUUAAGAAAUCGUUAUUGAUCAAGAUUAUUAUUAUUAUUAUUAUUAUUAUUAUAUUUUGUUCAACAGAUUGAAGUUGAUGAACUGAUUAUUCCUAAGACUGUCCUGUUCGUGUUCCUCUGCAUCUUUGCCGCGGUUGCCUUUGUUUUCCUGGUUCUUCACUGGAUGGAGGCAGUAUACUCACCUGCCCUUACCUCCAGGAAAACAUACACAUUCUAACAGGCAGAUUCUGUUGAUAUGAACCAGCGAUGCAUGGAUGAUAACAAAAUCAAUGGAGAAGCAUAAAUAAUUAUUCUUCACUGUCUUUAUCUUCAUCUUAAAUGGCAUCAUAUUGAGCCAUGUCUUGAAAGGCCUAGUUCCAGUGGUUAUGCAGAGAAGCUUGUUGUGGCUUGCAAAAAUAUUUGCUUUACCGCUGUUUCGGAUAACAUGCGACCUGCAAUGUCAAAAAUGUCUUUGGACUUUGGGUUUUUCUGUGACGUCAGUCAAAAUCUGAAGGCUCGGCACUUUCUAGCGGAUCUCUUAGGAAACAGAAGUUUACUUCAACGGGUUCAAAAAGUCAUGGUUUGUGAUUUGUGAUUGGCGGAUUUCGAUCUGUUUUGUAUGGUGUGUUAGGAGGAUUUGUGCUAUGAUGUUCUUUUGUGUGAUGUAAACUUUUCGCGUUUUAGCUUUCACAUUUUUUGCCCUCUUACUUAAACAUGGCAGGUUUAGAUUCCCAAGGUGAAAUUGUUCCUAUAGAGCUUCAAAU